CGAUUGACAAGCGAUUCCCCUUCGUAGUUGUCCGCACUCGCGCGUCGCUCGCCGGCCAUCGCCGCCGCCGCCGCCGCCGUCGCCGGUCGCAGGCCCGCCUCGGCCUCCCCUGUCUCUGUCUCCAUCCUCGUCUGCCCUCCGCCUGGCGCCCAUCGCCUUCCGCCGUCCAUCCGCGGUGCUUCCGUACUCUGUUCCCAUGGCGGCGGCGGCGGUGGAGGAGGGAGGCGGCGGUGGUGCCGUGGCGCGGAUCUUCGUGGGUGGUAUUUCGGAGGGCGUGGCGGCCGCCGACCUGGAGGCCAUGUUCGCCUCCGUCGGCCGCGUCGCCGGCGUCGAGUUCGUGCGCACCAACGGCCGCAGCUUCGCCUACGUCGACUUCCACUGCCCCUCCGACAAGGCUCUCGCCAAGCUCUUCUCCACCUACAAUGGGUGUAAGUGGAAAGGGGGAAAACUUAGGCUGGAGAAGGCUAAGGAGCACUACCUUACUCGCCUGAAGCGUGAAUGGGAGCAGGAAGCGGCAGCGGCGCAGGAAAUGCCAGCUAGUGCUGAUGUGGAGAGCAAGAAGGAGAAGCUCGAGCUGAAUAAGGCUGUUUUGGAUAGUACGAAGAUUAACAUCUACUUCCCAAAACUGAGGAAGGUGAAAGCCUUGCCUUUUAAAGGCACUGGAAAGCACAAAUACAGUUUCCGGCAUAUCGAAGUCCCUUCUUACCCAAUUCAUUUUUGUGACUGUGAGGAGCACUGUGGACCUCCAGAGGCAGCUAAUGAUGAAUAUGCUUCUGUUCUUGAUGCUGCUGCAUAUGAAAAGGAGCGCAGUAUUAUGAAUUCUGUGAUGAGCAAGCUCUUUGAGAAGGAGAAUGACCAUUUAGAUUCAAUGGAAAUUCAGAAUCAUGGUGUCGAUUUUGAUGCCGCGGAACCCUCUAACGCCAGGAAUGAGUUGCAAAUGGAUAAAAGAGAAGAAACUUCUGAGGAAGAUUUGGAUGACCAAAUGGAAGAAACAGAAGAUCCUUCUGAGGAAGAAUUGGAUGAUCUCGUGCUUAACAUCGUGACUUGCAAGCCAAAAAGCUCUGUAGCACAAUUGAAUAGCGAAAAGCAAGCAGCGGAUAAGGACUCGCGCUUCAGAAAACGUCAACAAUUUGAAGAAUCUUCUCUGCAGAAGAGGCAUAAAUCCUCUGAUUUCUCUGAAACUAGAAAUAGGAAACAGUCUUUCCCUGCUAUAUCAGGAGCCAUCCAAAAUGAACAAAAAUCUUCAGAUUUGUCAGGAAAAGGUACACAUGAGUUCUCAUCAGAACUCGAUGGAGAUAAAAGUUCUGCUAGUGUCCAAGAUGUUGAAGCACUAGCAGAUUCUUCUACCAGAAAUGGGAGUGAACAAAAUUCGCUUGCUAGUGAACCUAAAAGAGUUUCCUUGUGGACUCAGAAAUCUGCCUGGAGGGAUCUUGUUGGUGGCAUGGGGAGUGCAUCUUUCAGUCUAUCACAAAUAUUGCCAAACACCAAUCCAGCACCACCAAAAGUUUCAAAUGCUACCGAGGCCUCUGCUUCACAUGCUGAGUCCAGGACGAAAGUGAAACCAAGCGGGAAAUCUUUGAAACCCUCGGAAGCUGCAACUCAGCUCUUGCCUGAGCAGAAGAUGCCUACAAGUUCCAUGGCAAUGCUGUCUAGUGAGCGUAAGGAGAAUAAUAAGCUGGAAAAGGAGAGGGUGGUUCCAAAGAUCACUAUUGGUGAAGUGUGUCCGUUCAUGAGAAAUUCAGAGUCAGAAAAGCAAUGGUCAAAGGCAAAGAAGGUUCUGACUGGUUUCAUCAAGAAGGGCAAUGAGAGCACUGGAUCGAAUGUCGGGAAAGGGAAGCCAUCAACAAGGAGAUAACAACGUAGCAUGUCAUUCCAGCUUCAUCUUGUUGAACUACAAGCUCGGUAGCAUGUCAUUCCAGCUUCAUCUUGUUGAACUACAAGCUCGGUGGUUUCGUGUCUCAUAGGAACAUGUGUUAUUUUGUUGAUUGGUCUCAUAGUCUGCCUGUUAAGAAUGAUCUGUCUUUGUUUGUGAAGCACAAUGCUAUGUACGAGUUUUGUUCAAAUUGUUAUUAUUCUUUGUACGAGCAAUUUAAAGUCAAACAUGUUUCAAAAAGUGA